UGUCAAACAAUCCUCCGAAAAGCUUUAAAAUCUUCUCCUAAUGAAUCAACUAACGACCUGUGGAAAGCAACCAGUAACCAUACUAAUAUCCAAUAUGACGCUUAUAGCUCUGCUAAGGAAGUUCUCAAAGAUUUUCGUUCUGGACACGAAAACAAACUCCUGAACCAAUUAACCAGUCAAGGAUCCUUUUUCUGCAGCGUCACGAAGUUCGCUUUACCCCAGCUUAACAAGGUGUGGUCCAUCGCCCAAUCAAAGCUCCCGAAAAACAUUUGCAACUUUACCAUUCGUUACAUUAACAACUCUCUUCCGACGCGCAAAAACCUAAACAGAUGGGCAAUAUCUUCAAAUGCAGACUGUUCUUUUUGUCUAAGCCCUGAAACAUUACUACACAUAGUAGCUGGAUGUCAGUAUUAUAUAUAUCUCGACCGAUUUACGUGCAGACACAAUUCAGUCCUGAACGUUCUUGCUAAUACUUUACAAACUGUUGACGGUUCUACUCUCUACGCUGAUCCACAUGGAUUCAAAAGCCCUUCAAUACUUACUGGUGAUACGUAUCGCCCAGAUUUGUUAUUAUCGUGUUCAAAUGGUUCCUUAUAUGUGGUCGAACUCACCACUGGUUAUGAGACAAACCUCAAGAACAACGUAAAACGGAAGAAGGAUAAAUAUAGAGAAUUAUUGAGACAGCUAGGUAAAAAUUGUAACCAAGUUAAAUUUAUAAAUCUCUCUAUCAGCUCUUUAGGUAUUUUUGCAGAAGAAUGUUCUACAUUUUUAGACAUGUUAGAAAGUAUUGGUCUUGACAAAAACCACCAAAUGUACUGCGUUAAGAAAAUGAUUACUAUUGCUAUUAGAACUACAUAUUACAUUUUUUGCUGCCGAAAUAAAGAAUGGGAAAAUCCGGAUUUACUAACAAUUUGA